UAUUUUGGAUUAGGUGUAUAAAUAGUGAUUGAGCAAUCCACUCACAAUAUUUCGAGCCAAAAAAGCCAAUUUUUCCUCGUCAGUGGAAUGCAACCUUCAAGUCGAAAUACUCUCAUACCUUUCACCAAUAAACGAACUAUUAUUAGAACAGUUUAAAGGAAAUGAAAUCUUUUGAUAUUUUUUAUGAAAUAAGCAUUCUUCACCAAUUGGAGGUAUAAGAGAACAACGGCCCAUAUACGCAUGCUCACACUUCAUACCGUUAGUAGUGAGUGCAAUUGGUUCAUUUCUAAAGAGGAAAGCUUGAUUUGGGACACUGGAUAAAAAUAGGAAAAAUGAAGCCUGAAGUCUAAAAUAAUUGUGUCGCAAGUAGGCGAAAGCAUCCUGCAGGGAUAAGCCCGAAAAAGGAGAUACAAAAUGCGAUCAAGAGCCGCCUUUAAAGUUUCUCUCAUCAUUGUCAAUGUAUGCUCGUUUACAAAAAUAACAACAACUUCGAUUUCAACGUCAACGGUCGCUGAAAUGCGCCGAGGCCGGCAACCGAAGAGCACCAUUCACCAAAGCACAAAUACAACUAUAGCGGAUCGAUAUCCUUCGAAUGUAAGCACCGUUGCCAACAGAACUACCGAAGGAACUACAAUCUUUGAUUAUGAUGGUGGCACAACAUGGUCCGAGAGUAAAUUUCCUCGACAACCUCCUCGUACAAUUGGACCGGUGUUUGGGCCGGAUUGGACACCAAAAGAAAUCGAGAAGAAGUUGAGAGAAUCAAAAAUCAUUCCUGACGUUCUUCUCAAAUCUCCCAAGAAUUUAGUUCAGGUCACGUACGACAAGCAAAGAACAGUGCACAUGGGCACUUUGUACUCGUGCUUGCAGUUAGAGCAUCCACCAGUGGAAGUUGAGUGGCCUUGUGAAAAGGAUUCAUUUUACACCCUUAUUUUGACAGACCCCGACUCACCAACACCUGACGAUCCUUAUCAACGGGAAUUUCAUCAUUGGAUCGUUGGCAACAUUCCCGGUUGUCAUGUACGAGGUGGUGUCACACUCUCUGAAUACAUAACUCCUCUGCCCAUCACUUAUGCAGGUACGCAUAGAUAUGUAUUCCUCGUUUACAAGCAAGAUAAAGGUCGAAUGAAAUUCAAUUGGGAACAUAGAGAUGACAGACCAAUAGACGCGCUGAGAGGCGAAUUUAACAGUGAACAGUUUGCGAAGAAUCAUUCCUUGUCAGGACCGGUUGCCAUCAACUUUUUCACCGCCAACUGGGAAAUGACUGUCACGCCUUUGCCUGGUGACGAAGCAUGGCUCACGACAAAAGACUUCUUCGAUGAUUUCGAGGCUGACGUAGAUUGAGGCCAUGACAUGGUCAUUCAAAUGAAUUGUCCCAAAAAAUUAUGAAUACUAAGCAAACAGUGAAAAAUUAAUUAUGACGGUGGCAUGCUAGAAUAAAGGUGAAAAGACGGCCAAUUUAUGGCGGACCGAAAGUAACUCGUAUAUUCGUAUGAUUUAUUUUCCCCUAAUGAAACAAAUGUCACCUAAUCCAUAUUAUUGUUGAUCCUUAUACCUGAGAGGGUGUGAGCAAUGAGCAUCAUGCAUUAAAGCUAAAAAGAGCCAUUUUGAAAUAGUUAGACCCAUGCGGGAAUUUUGGAUUUUAAAAGUGGGACAUAGAUCAAACACCAGAUGAAACUUCGUUUUGAUAAAUUUUAGAUUUAAAAUGUGGGCUGCGAUCUUUGAUAACAGUACUUCAUCUCUAAAAGUAGACCAGCAAGGGUUUCAGGGCCGAUAUGAUAAUCUUUCGGCGUAUACUGUUAAGAACUGGGGAGAACGAAUGUGUUUGUAGCGAUGAGUUCAUAUACCAGCCAUUUGCUUAAUCUACCUUCCUGAUCUACAUACUCAUUGUGUGCCGUCAAAAAAAAUCACGUACUUUCAUUCAAAGAUUUAAGAGAGAAAAUCCGAAAAUCUAUGAGAAAUCGCUGACAAUCUCACAAGAGAAAUGUAAUUUACGAGAAGUUCCCGAGAGAGGGGCAUGCGACGCUCUUGCGCGUGUUUUGUAAUUUUAAAAAAAGAAAAACAAGUAAGAGGUAAUUUGUGUAAUUGUAUGUAAACAGCACAUAGAAGUAAUUAUUCGGAUUCCUUUUAUGUGCAAACAUGUUUAAAUAUAUUAAAAUAAAUGUACCUAACUUUUUA